UAAAAAAACAAAAAAAAAGUUGAAAACUAUGAUCGCCUUCCCUUUUUCCUUUCUGGGUAGUUUCGCUUCAUCUUACUUGACUUUACAUUGACAUUGAUCGAAGCUCACAGAACAAAACUGUGAUCAGAGCACCUGUUGAGAGCCCCUUCCUCUUCUACCCCCUUCAUUUCAUCAGCAAUCAAACAACUACUCAGAUUCAAUGGCCACCCAAUUGAGAGCUUCUUCCUCUUUCUCUUCUAUUAGUUUUUCCACCCGUUCAUACACAUACGAUGUGUUUCUGAGUUUCAGAGGCGAGGAUACUCGCUACAAUUUUACAGAUCAUUUGCACAAAUAUUUGGUUCUCAACAGGAUCAACACCUUCAAAGAUGAUGAGCUUACAAGAGGAGAGGAAAUAUCACAAGCACUUCUCCGAGCCAUUGAAGGAUCAAAGCUCUCUCUCAUCGUGUUCUCCGAAAACUAUGCAUCGUCGAAGUGGUGUUUGGAUGAACUAGUUCAUAUCCUUGAUUGUAAAAGAUCAAAUAACCAAAUGGUUCAGCCAAUCUUUUAUAACGUGGAUCCCUCAGAAGUUAGACACCAAAGAGGUAAAUUUGGUGAGGCACUUGCAGAGCAUGAACGCAGAUUCAAAGAUGAUAUGGACAAGGUGUUAAGAUGGAGAGCAGCUCUUUCAGAAGCAGCAAACUUAUCUGGGUGGCAUUUUUCCGGCGGGUAUGAAUCUUUGUUUAUUGAUAGAAUUGUUGAAGAGAUUUCCACACAAGUAAAAGAGCCGACUUAUUUGGAUAUGCCAAAGUACCAAGUUGGGCUAGACUCUCGAGUACAAGAUAUGCUUGAAAUUUUAGAUGUUGACAGAGAUGAUGUAUGCAUGGUGGGGAUAUGGGGAACUGGUGGAAUAGGGAAGACAACAAUUGCUAAAGCCGUUUACAAUAAAAUUGUCCGUGAGUUUAAAGCUAGCUGCUUUUUGGCAAAUGUUAGAGAAGGUUCAGAAUCACAUGGAGGUUUAGUCAACCUACAAAACAUUAUUCUUUCUGAGAUUGUUGCGGGGAAAGAAUUGAUGGCAACCAAUGUUUAUGAAGGAAGUACUUUAUUGCGUGAAAGAUUGAGAGAUAAAAGGAUUCUCUUAGUUCUUGAUGAUGUGAAUAAACUGGACCAGUUGAACAAAUUAGCAAGAACAUCUGAUUGGUUUCAACGUGGCAGUAGAGUUAUCAUAACAACAAGAGAUAAGCAUUUGUUGAUUGCUCAUCAAGUGAAGCCAAUAUAUGAGGUCCGUGAACUAGGUCAUGAUGAAGCUCAUAAGCUCUUCAGUUCAUAUGCCUUCAAGGAUAAUAAAAAUCUGGAUGACAAUGAGAAGUUGUCUGUUAGUAGUAUUGUUGAAUAUGCUAAAGGGCUUCCACUAGCGCUAGAGGUUUUAGGUUCAUGUUUAUGUGAUACAUCUAUAUAUAAAUGGCAAGCUAUGUUACAUGGUUUUAAAAGAAAUCCUCCUAAAGACAUUCGAGAUGUUCUUAUAAUAAAUUAUGAUGGAUUGCAAGAAACAGUGCAAAAAGUUUUCCUUGACAUUGCGUGUUUCUUCAAAGGUUGGAAUAGAAAUGAUGUGAUACAAAUACUAGAAGGUUGUGGCCACAUCAACCCCGAGCAUAGUAUUAAAGUUCUCGAAGAAAAUGCCCUCAUAUAUGUUGGUAGAUACUUAAGCAUGCAUGAUUUGCUAGAAGAAAUGGGAAAAGAGAUAGUUUAUCGACAAUCACCAAACGAGCCUGGUGAACGCAACAGAUUGUGGUAUCACGAGGAUGUGCGCCAAGUUUUAACAAAAAACACAGGAACAAGUAAAAUUGAAGGCAUAAUUGUAAAGCUGCCUACAAUAUAUGAGAUACACUUGAGUCCUAGAUGCUUCAAAAAGAUGAAAAAUCUUAAAAUUUUUAUAAACGUCAAUGGACUGCUUUGUGGAGAGGUUGAUUAUCUUCCCAAUGAGUUGAGGUUGCUUGAUUGGCCUUACUACCCGUCUCAAUAUUUGCCGUCCAAUUUUACAAUGAAGAACCUUGUUCAAUUGAAUAUUUGUGAAAGCCGCAUCUCAUGUCUUGGGGAAGGAUUCAAGAGCUUGCCAAAUCUGAAAUCCUUAAAUUUGGCGAAAUGCAAAUUCCUAACAAAAAUCCCAGACCUGUCUGGUAGCCCAAGUUUAGAGUGGCUGCAUCUUGGCGGAUGUUCAAGUUUAUAUGAGAUUCAUCCUUCUAUUGGAGUUCUUGAAAAGCUUGUUCACCUGUUUCUUCAAGGAUGCUCUAACCUUAUGAUGCUUCCGAGAAAAGUUCACUGGAGAUCACUGCGAUUCAUUUGUCUUAAUGAUUGCACAAGGCUGGAGAACUUUCCUGAAAUCGAGGGAGAGAUGAAAUACUUAAAAGACUUGAAUUUAUGGAACACUGCCAUCAAAGAAUUGCCUUCAUCAAUUGGACAUCUGAUUAAUCUUGAAGAGCUACAUGUAAUGGAAUGUAAAAACUUCACAAACCUGCCUGGCAGCAUUUAUGAGUUGCAGAAGUUAAAGAAGGUUAAGUUGUAUGACUGCCCCAAACUCAGAACAUUCCCAAAUAAGGUGGACUCUGAAGUGCUUCCAACUUACUCAAAGGUUUCACAUGACAACCCUGACUCUGAAUUCGAUUUGGCUCUUCCUUGGCUAUUUGAAUUCACUGCGGGAGGAUGCAACUUAUCAAAUACUGAUUUCCUUGCGUCCCUUGAUUGUGCAUGCAGUUUAUAUGAACUUGAUUUAUCAGGAAGCCCCAUUGUUAUUCUUUCCGAAUGCAUCAAUAAGUUUGUCAACUUGUCAAGACUGAAUUUGAGGGGCUGCACGAGGCUCGUAGAAAUUCCAAAGCUUCCAUCAAGGAUUGAAUGGUUGUAUCUGAGGGACUGCGUAUCAUUGAAAAGAAUUUCAAAGUUGUCAAACAUUUUGGAGCGUAAAGAAUCACAAAUGAUUAAGGAGAUGGACUUGACUAAUUGCUGGAGACUUUGUGAAAAUUUGGUUCAGAUGGCAAACAAGGAUGAGGAUGAUAAGUUGGACGCUGAUCUCUUCUCAAAACUCCUAUCUUCUCAACAAGUCGGAUUCACAGUUAGAUUUCCAGGAAGCGAGGUUCCAAAGUGGUUCGGGUGUCAAAUGGAUUUCAAGGGUUUUCGACGGUUUGAAUUUUGUAUUGAAAUACUUGAAAAUUUCAAAUGGGACAACACAGGAUUGGCUGUGUGUGUUGUUGUUGAUCAAAAGAUGCAAGAUGCUUGUGGUGUUUGCGCUUUUAAGGUCUAUAUUCACAUCAAUGAAGUAAGUGUUUCACGUCUCGGCACACAGUAUGUUGUUUCAGAACAGUCGGAUCAUGUGUGGUUGCAUUACAUACCCUUCCUUGAUAUGUGGCGAUUUGGUUAUGCACGUCCAUUGCCAUCUUUUACGUGUGUAGUCACUAUUUUUCAAUGUAAUCACUCUAAGGCAUCCUUAAAAACAUGUGGGGUCCACCUUGUAAUACCAGCCAAUGAGGACGUUUGUAUGAGGCUAUCCCAUGCAGAGAACCUCAACAAUGAAUUUCCCUCGGACCUUUACCAGGACUACUGGGAAAAUUAUCGUCCCAAGCAGAGGACCGACUGCAAAGUAUUAUAUACUGAUGCACAACUGGAGAACGAAAAGGUGUAAUUAGUACUAAUGUAGCAAAGUUGGUGAAGCAUUGUCUAGGGACCAGAGUGACGAAUACAGGUUUCAUUUCAGAUUCCCCUCCCUCUUCCUUUGGUAUCUUUGGAGUUUCAAAGUUAGUUUGUAAUAUCAACUCCGUUUGGCAUUCUCCAUUCGUGUGGAUAUAGUAUUUGAACUAGUUUGCCAAGCCUGGUUCUAUGUAACUAAUAAAUGAAGAAUUGCACUAUGAAAAGCGAUAUUGAAUUUGUUUUCUUAGUUUGAUCUAGCUAGUGUACUAAAAUGGUCUGGUUCUGUUGUAUGCUACUGUAUGAU